AGAUAGGAGAGAAUCUAGGCAUAUUGACACUUGGGUUUGUGUUUCGAUAUCAUUGCAAGAAAUCUCAGAAAGGCUUCCCAUUGCCUGAAAUCUCCUUUAAAUUCACAACCCUUUGCCAUAGUGUCGGGUGUUCUCGUUUGGCUGGCCAAUCCCCCCAAAACACAAACUGAGAAGAAAAAUAAGGUUUCUGUAGUCUCAAGUAGUACUGAAGAUGGGUAGAGUCAAGCUCAAAAUCCAGCGGCUGGAGACCCUCACUGCUCGCCAGAUCACUUACUCAAAGCGCAAGCUGGGCCUUACCAAGAAGGCAAUGGAGCUAUCGAUCCUGUGCGACAUCGAUAUUGCUCUCGUUAUGUUCUCUCCCAGCGGAAGGCCGACGAUGUGUGUUGGAGCGAGCAAUGAAUUGGAUGGGGUCCUAGAAAGAUUUUCGAUGGUGCCACUGCACGAAAGAUCAAAAAGGAAACUGGAGGUCAUUGAUGUAUUGAAGAAAAUAUUCAGAAAGCUCGAUCACAAUGUCGACGUGCAAAGGCUUUUGGGUGAUGGGAGAAAAAAGAUUGAGGAUCUACAUAAUCAACAGAAGCUACUGCAAGCACAGAUUCAAGAAAAGAACCGUAAAUUGAGCUACUGGACCAAACCAGAAGAAGUGGAAGACCUGGCCCAGAUUCAAUUAAUGGAGGAGACUCUGGUGGAAUCCAUAAAUCGUCUUCAGAAGCGAAAGGUACACUUGGCUGAGAAACGCACGCAUAAGUCAUUGUCUGCCUUGCAGGCACAACGCUUCACUUGGUUACCUGAGAAUCAUAUGCUAAAUGCGAGAGUACGCAACGAUCCCAACAUCGCACAAUCUCGACGCUGCUUUGGAAAUGCAAACGGACGGACUGAAAUUGCUGGGCCGGCGACGCAGUUGGGUUUUCAGCAUACACACCAGCAACCCGAUUAUAAUUUGAACGGCUAUGAUCAAUCCAAGCUAGGGGUGGAUCUUAACCAGAGUGGGGAAUACUAUAAUCACAUCCAACAGUUUUACCCAGGUGGGCCCUACUAUGGUCCCUCUCUUCACCACCGUAUGUGAAGAAUAAGCUUUGUUCUGAGCUUUUAUUGGACAAAACCUGCCAUAACAAUGGACGGCCGGAUGUUGUGAAUGAUUGUGUGACCGUAUGUAGUGUUUGAUAGAUGUGUGAAUGAGGAUGGCUAAUCCUACACACGCGCACGUGUUAAUAUGGAACACGUGUGCCAUGGUUAGAAGAUUUGGCGACUCGGCCCAACUCGCCUGAGUUGAGGGUGACUCAUGAGUGAAACUGGAUUGGGUCCUACCGAGUCCGAGUCGACUCGGAUGAGUGUCAUCACACCCGUCCAAACCUUAAGAUCAUGUGUG